UCGAACAAAGAAGAGGCUUUGAAGCUCAAAGAUCAGGGCAAUGCUCUUUUGAAAGAACACAAAUUUGACCAGGCUAUCGAAGCCUAUACCAAGGCCAUUGAGUUGGAUCCAGAGAACGCUAUCUUCUAUUCCAACAGGGCUCAAGUCAACAUCAAGUUGGAAAACUAUGGUUUAGCCAUUAUUGACUGUGACAAGGCCCUAGAAGUUGAUCCCAACAUGAUGAAGGCUUAUUACAGAAAGGGUGUUUCCCAGAUGGCUAUAUUGAAGCACAAGGAAGCCCAAGGUAACUUCAAGAUCAUUUUGAAAAAGUUGCCCAAUGAUAAGUUGACGUUGGAAAACUACAAGCAGUGUACAAACUACUUGAAACGUCAGGCGUUCGAACGAGCCAUUGCUGGUGACACAAAGAUCUCAAUCAUCAACAGCAUCGACUACGAAGGAAUCCAGAUUGAAAAGUCCUGGACAGGCCCCAGCUUGAGCAUCCACGCAACAAAGCCCAAAGACGAUAAGUCCGAUGUCCAUGUAGAUAUUGAGGGAUUGGACAUCGCUUACUUGAAGAAUAUGAUCGAGUUGUUCAAGAAGGAUGGCAGAUUGCCUAAGAAGCAUGUUUUUGCAAUCAUUGCUAAAGUGCACGAACUCUUCAAAAGCGAAAAGUCCAUGGUAGAAAUAUCGUUGCCACACCCAGGAUUGACCGGAGAAGGAUCUCCAGAUGAGAUUUUGCUAGAAAAUGGUAAGAAGUUAACAGUGGUAGGCGAUACUCACGGACAGUUUUACGAUGUUUUGAACUUGUUUCACAAGUUCGGUCACGUAGGGGAAGAUCAUAUCUACUUGUUCAAUGGUGAUUUUGUAGAUAGAGGCUCGUGGUCUUGUGAGGUCGCUUUGUACUUGUACGUAUUAAAGAUAAUAUUCCCUCGAUCCGUGUACAUAAAUAGGGGGAAUCACGAAACCAGCGACAUGAACAAGACGUACGGGUUUACUGAUGAAUGUGAAUUCAAGUACAACAAAAAGAUCUUUGAAGCUUUCUCUGAAUCCUUCGGAGCUUUACCUUUAGCAACUCUCAUCAACCGUUCGUACUUGUGUAUGCACGGAGGUCUUUUCUCUAACGACCAUGUCACCUUGGACGAUCUCAAAAACAUAAACAGAUUCCCCAUUUCAGGUUCUUCUCAACCUCCCAGAGAAGGUCUAGCCAUGGAAUUGUUGUGGACAGACCCCCAACCAUCUAAUGGCCGUGCUCCUUCUAAAAGAGGUAUUGGUAUGCAAUUCGGACCCGAUAUCACCGAGAGAUUCUGCUUGAGCAACAAGAUCAGAAAGGUGUUGAGAUCGCACGAAGUAAGAAUGGGCGGCGUAGAACUGGAACACAAUGGAAGAUUGAUCACAGUGUUCAGUGCUCCUAACUACUGUGACUCGACGGGUAACUUGGGAGGUGUGGUUCAUUUUACGGUGAACAAGGACUACGACUCCGAAAAGGACAAUGGAGAAGGAUUUAGACAAGUCGAAGAAAGCAACUGUCCCUGGACUUUGGAAACAGAAACCUUUGAUGCUGUGCCACAUCCAGACAUUAAGCCAAUGGCAUACUCCAAAGGGGGCUUUGGCUUCUGACUGCAUUAUGUAUUAUAACGAUAGAGUAGACUGUAUCAUAUAAUGAUAGUAAUAUUGAAAUCAAAGAUAGUAAACAAUGAUAAUUUACAAUUU